UUAUUUUUUUGCGGACUGGGAUAAGGGAAAUACGUUAUCUAAAAGAGAAAGUGUCAAUACGAUAUUUCAAUUAAAACAAUACUAUAUUCACAUGUGGAUGUUUAUGCUAUCAAACGUUGAUAUUGAGAUUUUGCAAAGUUAAAUUGUAACUCUUUAUUCGACGUCACUCAUGACGAGGCAUAUUCUUCCGGGUUAUUUUGUCGUGCCAUGUGUUGUGGGAUCUGAGUUCUGAUUUUAGCAAAAUGAGUUCUCAAAAAGGCAACGCUUCUCGCUCGCGAGGACAGAAGCACCAAAACACGACUGCUUACAAGAACGACAAAUAUGGAGCAAGUGUUCAAGUAAAGAUAGCAAACUCAAAGGUCCACGACGGGUUGUGCCAACGCUGCAAGGAAGUUAUUGAGUGGAAAGUCAAGUACAGCAAAUACAAAUCCCUCACCCAACCCCGAACAUGUGUGAAAUGUUCUCAGAAGACCGUGAAGGAUGCUUAUCACGUCAUUUGUAAACCCUGUGCCCUGAAGCUGGAGCUUUGUGCCAAGUGUGGGAAGAAAGAGACCAUCGUAAUUCCGGUUGACAAACCGAAGCAGGAAGAGGAGGAAGACACCAGUCAAAAGAAGACAGGAUGCACUCUGAGGAAGAAAGACUUAAAUGAGUUUGACAAUGAGGAUUUUGGCAACUUGAGCAGUGACUAUGAGGACUUUGCCAGUGACUCAGGUCUUGAGAAUGCAGGAGGCAAGGCCCCUAUCGCCGAUGUGGCACAUGUUAGUUUCAAAGACUAAAGACAGCCAAACCAAGACCACCAUAACUGUACCUCUACUGUAUUAAUAUACAUUUCCUCUGAUUAUACAUACUUUUGCAUAGAAGCCUCUUCACUGUAGAUUUCACCACUCUCAUACAAUAGCCUACUUGUAUUUGGGGUUAGAACAUUAAAUGAACAAAGCCCGCUUUCAAUGAACUGUUUUGUAAUAAGUCCUA